AUGUGCGUCGCUUCACCUGGGAGGGCCAUUGGAGUAGCCGUUGCCACAGGGAGGUCUCCUAGGGGUGUUGCAGCCCCUGGUGCGGCUCCUGAAGUCUUCACCGCCCCUGAGAGAGCCCCUGGGGUCGGUACAGCCGCUGCAGUUGCUAUUGCCCUUGACCUGCCCACUGGGGUCCCUGUCUCUGUAGGGCCCUUGAGGGCCCCUGGUGGCGCCGCCGCCCCUGCAAGGAACCCUGGAUUAACCGAGGUCCCUGGGAGGGCCCAUGAGGCCACCACCGCCCAUGCGAAGGCCCCUAGGUGCGUCGCUUCACCUGGGAGGGCCAUUGGAGUCGCCGUUGCCACAGGGAGGUCUCCUAGGGGUGUUGCAGCCCCUGGUGCGGCUCCUGAAGUCUUCACCGCCCCUGAGAGAGCCCCUGGGGUCGGUACAGCCGCUGCAGUUGCUAUUGCCCUUGACCUGCCCACUGGGGUCCCUGUCUCUGUAGGGCCCUUGAG